GGACAGGUACGUAUAGAAUGUGGCGGGGUUUGACUAGUUUGCUGGCGCCAAACCCUCCCCCUUACCUGGGACAGUGUUGUAACAGUACAACAUAAGAACAUAUAUAAGGUCUUUUGUUUGUAAAAUAAUGAUUUAUUUUACUUAAACAACUUCAUUUAGUUAUAAAGGACAAUUGAUAGGAUCAUGUAUAUAUUUAAAUGUCAUAUUGUGAUGAAAUGUCUUUUGGAUAUCUUUGUUUAUUUGUGUGAUUUGUCCUUGAUAUUCGUUAUUGAUUAAGGACAAUUGUUCUUAAGAACAGAACAUUCUGUAGAUGUGAAUGUAAAAGGAGGUGUAUAAAGGACGAAAUGGAUAAAAAGUCUAGAAUGUCAGCUUCUAAAGACGGAAUUUCACGAAAGUUCAAUCAUUUUGAACUGACACGACCAACAGAUCUCGCUGCUGCAUAUCAUUAUGAUAAAGUUUUAGGGGUCUUAGCCAAAGAUCCAAAAGAACGUUCGGAUUCAGAUAUAUACCAAAUAAAAUCAUGGUUUCAGAAGAAGUCAGAUUUGUUUAACCAGUUGAACGAUGAAAUAAUUAUUGACCUUAUUAAGAACUGUGAAUUUAUAACAGUUGAUCGGGAUUGUGUUAUUAUCAAACAGGGCGACAAAGGCGAUUGCUUCUUCAUUAUUUUGAAUGGAUCAGUAAGUAUCUUCAUCGGUUCAACUAUUACAGCGGAAGAUGGGCGUCAAGAAGGAACUUUAGAAGAAUCUGAAUCGUUGAAGAAAGACGGGGAAAUAACUGACUUACAAGAGGAUUUUAAACAAGGGGUGUUCGAUCGUUCAAAGUUUGGAAAAUAUGUUGGAAAAAUAGAAUCCGGUAAAAGUUUUGGAGAACUUGCUCUUUUGAAUGCUGAUUGUGUUCGAAAUGCUUCAAUUAUUGCAGACGAAGCUACAGACUUGAUUGUUAUUGAUCGAGAAUUAUUCAAUAGAUGUAUCCGUUUGUUCCAUGCUAAGGAGUUUGAAGAACGAAAACAUUUUGUUGAAACUAAUCCCUUAUUUAAAGGAUGGCUUCCUAAGUUUAAGAUACAAAUGGCGAUGAGCUUGCGGAAGGAAAAGUUACAUUUUGAACGUGUCAUUGUAAAACAAGGAGAUCGUUUUGACGGUUUACGUUUUAUUUUGAGUGGCCAGGCAAAACUUACAUCUGAUCCACACAUGCAUUCCAUGCAAUUUCCAGGCUAUUAUCCUCUACCGGAUGUGGACGAAUUGGAGAAAGAUGAGGUACGAGAAUCACUCCGUCAGGAACUGAAGAUGAAUGAUACCAAAUCAGCAACAAAAUCCCGUCCGAAACUCUUCACAAAUGAUACAGAUAGGAGCGAAAAACGAUCUCCAAAACAAAGCAAUCGUAACAUAGAACUUUGCUUAAUCUGUUUUCAGGAAAUCAUUGGUGACAUGGAAGUUGCAAUGGAGUUAGAUACAUAUUCAUAUACCGUAACAUGUAUACAGGAAACAGAAAUGUAUGUCCUAGACCAGAAAAAUUACGAAAGAUUAAUAGAAAAACGACAUCCUCAGACUAUUGAAAAGAUUAAAAAAUCAGUGCAAGAGAAAUACUCUUUAAGACUAUCUUGGAUAAAAGAUAAGAAGGAAAUUCCUUUAUUUCGAUAUUUGAUAUACAAAAUUCAAGAGAAGGAACGAAAGCAGAAAAUUAAGCAAAAAGAAACAAAAGGACAGGAUAAAAAGAUUUCAGACGAUUGGAUUACAUCUAGUCUCAAAACUGGACCUUUGGUUGAUAUGUUCGGACCUGGGAGUGUAUUUCAUAUAAUACGAAUGAAAGCAAAGCAACGAAAUAUGGAGAAAUUAGAUUAUAAAUCUGGAGUAACUAACAAACGCAUAACCAGAGAAUGCAGUAGACAUAAUAAAUAUCAAGCUUCAUAACAAGUAUGAUGUCAUACAACAUCAUGUCUUGUAUUAAAAAAAAAUCAAAAUGU